AUUCAUGUCACAACAGCGCUACGUGUCUCGUAUUCCUUCCAGUUGGAGAAUAAUUUCGGUGAAGAAUAAGGUACAAUUUCUGCCUUUAUUUCGCAAAAAUAUAAGUAAAAAUAACCGAUUUGUGCAAAAUGACGAACAUAAAAACUGUGCUGUUUAAAUUUUAUGAUGAGUACACCACCAAUACGCCGAAAAAGCUGAAAAUCAUCGAUGCCUAUCUACUCUAUAUUCUGCUGACCGGCAUCACGCAGUUUGUUUACUGUUGCCUGGUUGGAACCUUCCCGUUCAAUUCUUUCCUGGCUGGAUUCAUCUGCACCGUGAGCUGCUUCGUGCUGGGAGUUUGUCUCCGACUGCAAUCGAAUCCUCAGAACAAAUCGCAAUUCCUGGGAAUCUCGCCGGAACGAGGCUUUGCCGAUUUUGUUUUUGCGCACAUCAUACUGCACCUGGUGGUCGUAAACUUUAUCGGCUAGAGUUAAGGCAAACUCUGAGCUGGGUGAGUCUUUGCAUUCAUUUUACAGUCUUGUAAUCUUCAACUACUCUUUCUACCUAAUCUAAUAUUAGUUUGAUCCCAAUCACGGUGCAUUCUGUGACUUUCUGAAUAUGAUUAUAUGUGAACCAGAUUAGUCUGGAAUAAUAAAAUCGAUAGCGGAAGUAUCAAAUGACCCAAUA